UUGACAAUAUCGUUUCAUAGUUUCGAUAUUGUUUUCUUAUUUUAUUAAGAAUUUAAGAACACUUUUUUCCGAGUAUAAUAUAUUAAACUUAGUAACAUAACGUGUUAUUUUUGUGUUAGGAUUAUUCGUUCAAUAUAGAUGUUCUGUCUCAAUGUUUACAGCGGAAUAUAACUUGUUAUCUCUGAUUGAAGCGCUGCAGGGGGUUAAUUUGCUGGAAAAUCGAAGAUGCGCGCGCACAGAAUUCCCACCAACGCACGUCGAUACAACAGAUGGAGACUUGCCGAUUUUAAUAAAAGUCGCUCCGGGGUAAAUCGACCCAACGAUACCGACGCGAUUUUAUAAACGAUACUACGGAUAUUACGAAGUUUCGACAAAAUUACAAUAUUAUCUAUAGAAUAUUGAAAUACUGACUAAUAAAUGAGUGCUUAAAAGAUAUAUCAUGUAAACUGGUAGACAAUCAUUUAUAUUUUGCGAUAAAAUGGAUACAGAUUUAAAAGCCCGAAAGCAAGUAAGUCUGGAGCAGUUAAAAGGUCUUCUAGACUACUUGAAUGAACAUCAAGACUUGGCAAAAGGAUUGACCAGAGGUCGCAGAGGGAAACUUCACUCCGUGAAGUUAUGGAAUGUUUGCGCCAAGAAACUAAAUGCUAUCGGGGAAGGUGCUGUGAAAGACGGAAAAGGAUGGUCAAAGUAUUGGUGCGACUGGAAGUACAGAGUCCGUCGCCGGGCCCUGGAGCUGAAGGCGGCCCGAGACAGUAACAAGCCGCCGCCGGAUGGAGUGGCCAGCCUCAGCCAGAUGGAGGAAACUAUCUUGGAGAUCAUUGGGGAAAGUGUGGUCUCUGGUGUGGUGAUAAAAAGUGACCCUUUAGCUGAAGGUGCUAGCUUUUCAGAUGAAGAAGAAUCGUAUAUGGCGGACAACAGCGAGGAAGCACCUAUAAAUUAUGGUGUUACAAAGUCCAGACGGGGCAAAAAGAGGAGGCAUUCAUCCCAAAAUAAUUCUGAUGCCGACGAGGUUGGGACCACUAGCCCUUAUCAUGAGAGGAAAAAGAAAUUGAAGACCGACAAUGAAUCUGAUGAAGAUGAAAGUGCUUCGGAGUUGAUUCGCCUGGAGAGGGAAAAACUAGAAUAUACUAAACAAUUUCUUGAAACUACUCGAGAAAUAUCUAGUCACGUCGGAACACUUCACAUAUGGAAAAGUAAUCAUACUAGACGAAAAUGUCCACGCUUCGAACAUUACAAGUAAAGAUGAUGCCACCGCGAAUAAGAUAACUUCUUUUCCAACUCAAUCACUUGCCAAGAAAUCACAAAAUAAUAUCCAGGAACCCGUCUACAAAACAGAUGACUCCAUUAACACUGCCGCUGCUGACGUCAAUAACGCCGCCUUCGACACUAAUAAUCUGAUUAUUGCCAAACUUGCCACAAAAUAUCCCGAGAUAAAAACAAGUGCCGCUAUACUUGCUAGUGAGUCACAUGACAUCUCUAACGACAAGGAUUCCAACGUUACCAACUCGGAUACAGGAGAUGACCGCUUGCCAACAACCACUACUGAACAUUCAAUGGAUCCGAAUGAAAACGAUGUAGAUUCUAUCAUCAUUAUACACCAUGAAGACACACAAUUAACAGAAAUACCUAAGGUUGAUAAUGG